GAAUGGGGAGAGGCAGUACUGGCCUGGCCACCUGGCAGUCUUUACCGCUAUGAAGAAGAAAAGUUAUUAUUCCCCCCGGGUGGCAUAAAAAAUCGUUUAUACAUUAAACAAUUUACAGAGCAAGUUGGUGGAUUUUGGAAGUUAAAGGCUAAAACAGCUGAGAAGUACGGAAUAUCAAGAGUGAAAUUUGACCUUAUCUUUGUGGGUGAAGCACCAGAUCUAAGCCCAAACAAGAAGGGCUCUCCCAACAACCAGGUGAAGACAGGUGGUUCUGGAAAGAAAGAAAAACGCCAAGAAAGUAUUGACAAGUACUUCACAAAGAAAUCUCCCAGCAAGCAACAGAACUCCCAGCCCAUGGAUGCUCACCAGAAGUCUUUAUUACAAAAAUUGAAAGAAAAGUACAAAGUACAAAAUGCUAAAAAUACUACACUGGCAAACAAAAUAGCCAACAAACAAGAAGCCAUAAGACAAAAAAGGAAAUAUACAAAAAAGAAAUUGCUUCAGUCUUCUGAUAAAAACUCAGUAUUAACAGAGAUGGAAAUAAAACAAAGGAAGCAAGAGGAAAAACUUAAACUGAGGGAACAAAAACGAAAGAAAAAGGAACAAGUAGCUUUAUUGAUGAAAGAAUACAACCGGAAAAAAGAGGAUUUGGAACUUGAAGAUCUGCAGGAUCUCCCAGAGCCAUUGCCUAUCGAACUUCGUCUACCAAAUGAGCUGUUUGGAGACUUUGUGAUGAUAAUGGAGUUUCUUCAUACAUUCCAGGAGACCAUUAAUCUGAAGGAUUACUUUCCCGCAGGGAUGACUUUAGACCUUUUGGAGCGAGCACUCGUUGAAAAUGAAGUUGCUGGGCCACUGUGUGACAUUAUUCAGAUGUUGCUUACAGCAAUAUUUGAACUGCAAGAGGAGGAAGAUGAUGAAAUUAGAGAAGAUUCAGACAUGAGAUCAUCAGACUGGCAAGAUGUGGCGGAUGUGGCCGGUGAUAUGAGGACGAAGGAAGCCGUGAGACAGGCUACAAUCGCAGCCAGGUGGUCUCAGGCAUACCAUCGCACACCACUUAACAAGCUGACACUGGAUGCCAGCACAGUGACCGAGGUAUUGAGACUGCAUCUGCUGGCCUCAGGUGGCCGCUGCGGCGACAGCAGCUCGAAAUGGAGGUACCAACAGAGAGGAGGCUACUCUAGCUUGGAUGACCCUGGAUUGAUGCUACGACUCAGUCAGCCUCACAUUCUGGAUUCUCUUUCACAAAUUCCCUUCUGUGAUCUGUCCAUAGGUGAUAAAUUGGCUAUUCUAUCUUGUCUCAUCAACCAGAUUCUCACCUUCUCUGCAGUUCGGGAUGUUAUCGACGAAAGAAUGGAUAAAAUCAGACAGGGCAAGGUAGAACUGCGUAGCCUGCAUGCCAAUGACAAAAGAAGAGAACAAGAGGCCUAUCAAAAGUUAAAGGAUGGUGAAUGGACAGUGGAACAGCUAGAGAAAGAGAAGGAAUUGCUGCAUCGGAGGAAGCAAGAUCAGAAUCGGCGACUCAGAGAACUGAAUGAGGAAAACCAAAGCAAUCAGGUGUUACCAUUGGGCCAAGAUCGAGCUUACCGGAGGUUCUGGCUAUUCACAGCAAUACCAGGCCUGUUUGUAGAGCACGAUGACCGACAUGCUGGUACCUGCCUGCCCAAGGGAACACCAGCUUUGGAUUUGGGACUGUUGAAUGGUGAAGAUCCAGAAAUGUAUGUGAAGAGGUUGUUCGAACAGGGGAGCAACAAGGAGAACUUGUUGAAAUCACCAACAAAGACACCGAUAACACCAACUAAAACUCCUUCCAAGGCUUCUCUGCCAAAGACACCAACCAAAGGAGCCAGUCCGAGCAAGGUGGCGGAAGAUAAGAUCCGUAGACCUCUGACUUGUUGGGCAGACUCUUUGUGUCCUGUACACUCGGACCAGGGCGAGCGGGUGUGUUGGGCGUUCUAUCAGGAUGAGGCUGCGGUUGAUGAGCUCAUAGCCAAGCUCAACAAGCGUGGCAUGCGUGAACACGCUUUGCAAGCGACACUGGAGGACGAGAGAGAGAGGAUUGUACAGAGCAUCACCAAGUGCCCCAUAUCCAGGCUCAACACGAAUCUGUGUCCAACAUUAGAAACUCGCAAAAGUUCAAGAAACAAUCCUCGGUAUGAUAAUGCCAAUCUAAAUUUCCCUCCUGGUACUCCGUCAGAAGAAAUCCUGGAGUCUGUUCUGAGAGAUCUGAUAUUGGAAACAGAAGAGAAGAUCAAUGACGGAUGUUUAGGUUCACUUAAGGUACAUGACAGAAAAGCCUGGCGAGAGGCUAUUGCUAACAGCUCAUAUGAUCAGCAGUGUGAGAAACUUGUUUGGGGAGGAAGUAGUAGAAACAAU